GUGUGCAUUGUGCUAUGAGUGUCUGAUUAUAGUGGGGAAAAAACAUGAUUGUUCAAUUAUUUGCACACAAAAACUUUGGCAGCUAGUGUACAGUAUUUGUGCUUAAAGGAGUGAGUGAGAGAGAGAGAGAGAGAGAGAGAGAGAGGUGGCAGGGAAAGGAAGAAAGAGAUCGAGACAGACAGAGUGAGUGAGUGAGUGAGUGAGAGAUAGAGUGAGGCAGUGAGAAGGGAAUACCACUGAGCACACACUGCGUGUCAGGAAGAGUUUGUUGGAGCAGCACGACGCAGUGCGCUUGGAAAAAAAUUGGGAAGUUUCCAAAAAGGAUCCUUUAUAAACUCGUCACCUUAAUGUCGGGACUGCUGAAUAUUCCCCCACCGAUGCUAUGGUUACCUUUAUUACGAUCUUACAGGUGAAUCUAGUGAUGUCCAUCCUUCUGUACGUGAUAUUCCUCACGUACCUAUACUGUGUCUCCAUCACUGAAAUGAACAAGCAGCGGCCCACACAGGACCCUAUAAACACGCUUAUUGUCAAGCUACUGCAGGCUGACAUAAGUCGCAGCCGACAGAAGCAAGAUGAGGGGAACCAAGAUACACCCGUGCCCACUUCCUUCACUGCACCCACACAUAUGGAACACCCCCAGCAUGUCAGCCCAUCUGCCUAUCAGUCUAGGAGGGCUAUGGCCGAUGAGCUACUGAGACAGCAAAAGCGCUAUAACUCACCGCGAGUGUUACUGAGCGAGCGGCCACCCCUGCAACCCCCACCGCUAUACCUCAUGGACGACUUCGAGGGUGCUCGGGACAUUCAGAGUACUAAUAAAACCCGCCAGAAGCGUUAUGCCGAGCACAAGAGCUACCGUGGUGAGUACUCGGUCUGUGACAGCAUGAGCCAUUGGGUAACAGACAAGACCACAGCAGUGGACAUCCAUGGAGUCGAGGUUUCUGUGCUCACAGAGGUGGAGAUAAAACGGUCGAUUAUGAAGCAAUACUUUUAUGAGACAACCUGCCAAAACAGCAUGCCGAUUAAGAGUGGCUGCCGAGGCAUAGAUGAAAAGCACUGGAACUCACAGUGCAAAAACUCACAGACAUACGUCCGUGCCCUUACCAAGUUUAAGAACGUGAUGAACUGGCGCUGGAUACGGAUAAACACCUCAUGUGUUUGCGCGCUUUCACGCAAACACCGCAAGACGUAAAAAUAAAGGCAACCCUGUCCACUAUGUUUUCAUUUUCCCCUGGGAUGUUGUAAAUAUGGUAUAAAUUAUUAUUUAAGUUAUAUAAAUGCAUGUAGUCUAUAUGUGUCUAUAUUAUGUAUAAAUAUAUUUGUGUUAUUUAUUUAAGUGGUUAUCUAAGCAUAUUCUAAAACAGACACAUGGAUGGACUUAAGACGAUCAUGGACAUACAAUGCCACUAGACUAAAAGAGCAUUACAGGGUAAAACUAUGUGCCUUUCCUAAGCAUCUUCACAAACAAAGAGGAUGUAUCACUCCUUUGGACCUGCAUCCUGGGAUCAGCUGCAAUUGAAGUAUAAACUUUAGUGUAAUUUCAGUUUAAAAAAAAAAAGAUUGUAUGCUUACAAAAGCAGAAAUUUACCAGUCAAAUCCUCAUCACGCAUCAACAGUAUUGCUCCAGUCUGUGCUACUGAUUUUGUGCUGUCAGUAUGUCUGGGAAAAAAAAGUCAUAGUUCAGAUGAUCUUAUUUACUUUGAAGAAAAAUGCCACAGAGCGGUUAAGGUUUAGGUGUAUCGCAACAUGCAUGGAAUAAUUAAGAAAUAUAUAUUUUUGUAUAACUUGUAUACUUGUGCACAGAAUGCAAUGCAUAUGGGUAUACUGGUCACGCAAUUUUAUGUACAGAAAAAAGGAGAGCAAAUACCAGAAAUAUGUGGAUACCUGUGGAGAGUCCAUUUUAGCAAUUAGUGGAUACUCUGAUUUUUAUUUUAUUUUAUUUUUUGGGGGGGAGAGAAGUAGAGAUGACCUUUCUAUUUACAUUUAACAUCAUGGAAUAGAGUGCUGACUGAAUAAAGCUUCUUGCCAAAUCGAGAAAUAAUGGAUAUAAAACCGCUUACCUUAAGCCAACAGAUCAGGAAUAAACUGGCCGUUAUUAACACCUUAUGUAGCAGCUUUUAAAUUUAUUCAUGAAGCCAUAUGGCAACAAAUCAAAGAAAGGACUUAUGGCUAAAUUUUCAUUUACAGAAGAACUUGUACUAAGGUGGUGUACAUACUGGGAUUUGAGUGGCAUUAGGAAGAUUUACCUUUCUUUGGAUUAAGGAUUUUUGUACGUGACACAUUAAAUAUGUGAAAGCUAGUCCCUAAUUCCAGUAUGGUUUUCUUCUUAGUACUUUUCCACCUCUUCUAAGCUACUCCAUUGAUAUUUCCAACAUAAUUUUUUUUUUCUUUUUUUUUUUUUUCCACUGUUCUAUGCUGUUACAUCAUUUUUUAAAUAGAAAUGUCUAUUGUUCAUUUCACAGGGACAUCUGACUACCAAAACGUUUCUUUUUGGAACUGGGUACCGUUAUAUAAAACUGGUUGCAAUAGCUUCCAUUACUUGUCUGUUCUGUCCGAGUCUAUGUUCACACUAUACCUCAAAUAAGGAUAUACAAUCACAGGAAAUGUACCUGGUAAAAGCUUGAUCCAGUGUGAGUUAUUUUGUGGUCAUUAUGUCCAACAGGUUGCACACUGGGAAACCAUUUACCAAAAACACUGUUUGAAUCCCAGGCUUUCUUAUUUAUUUAUUUUUAAAACUAUUCACAUUCAAAUAAAAUAGCUGGUGUCCUUUAAAAGAAAGGAUUUGUAUCAUAGCAAGCGGAUGCUUUAUUUAAGGAUGUACCACCUAGAAUUUAAGACUUCCAGAUGUUACUAAUAUUCCCCUGACUUUUUAAGAGGAUAUUGAGCCCGGUAGUCAUCAUGUUUACAUCCUGAAAAUUCCAUUCGAGUUUCUCAUCUGCAUUCCAAAAUAAUAAUGUUAGUAUCCCAGUCAGGCUAUGUACACUUCAAUGAAUUGUUUCCUUAUAGAAAUUUUUGUUAUUUGUAUUAUUAUGUUCUAUUAAUAGAGAGACAAAAAAAUCCAUAUAUUUGUGAGGACUUGAGUGACGAGUGACUACACAAAAGGGCAAGAAGCUGGUGCUUUACAGCUCAGGGGUCAGCUAUGCUUAAACAGGUCCGUUUUGGUAUCUCAGGUGACUGUAGUAACAGCCCAUAAACAUCCCAUAGGGUCAUUGAAGAGACCCUGCCCCCUAUAAAUCCAUGUGAAAUAGUACUGCUGUAGUGUCCUGUAAACCUUUGCUCUUUUAAAUGUUUUCAGACAAAGGUCUUCAUCAGCUGUGCAAGCAGAGUGCUUAGAUAAAUAGAUAGGGUGUGCAAUUUCUUUUUUAAGACCAUGAGUGCAAAACUUUAUUGUCCAUAUAUGUAUUAAAGUAUGUGUUGCUAUGAAACAUGAUUAAUUAUUGUAUUGUACUUAAAUAUGUGUUAAUGGUGCGUUUAGAAAUACAAAGAAAUCUCAUGCAAGAGUCUGAUCAAUCGGAUAAGGCUCUCUAGGCCAGUCAAAGUUUCAACACCAUUCAGAUGUCAUCUACCGUUAUGAACAGAACCGGUUAUGUGCUGUGUUUUUUUUUUUUUGUUUUUUUUUUCCAAUGGGAUGCCUCCUCCAUUUCUAUCUGGAACUAUAUUAAGACAAUAUUCAUAAUAUAGCAACUCUUAUUUCUAUAUAGAAGCUCUAGAGAAUGAGCCUAUACAUCCAUUUCAGCACUUCACUGUUAAGCUGUAUUUUACACUGGAGUCUGGAAGGCAUGCAGCCAUACACACCCCUUGAUCUUGCUCAUCUUUAGAUCAUCUUCAAUUCAUCCAGUGCCACAUUCCAUCAUUUAUUGUACUGUGUGUAAAGGCCCUGCUGUUGUAGUGCUUACUGUAUACGAUUCUUGCUGCUUUAAGAAAUUAUGAUGACCCUGAUCAUGGAAACCAGUGCAAAUGCUGAAAUCCAAGGACAAAUACGGUUUUUUUUUUCCUUUUUCUUUUUUUCUUACUGAUGGAUACUUACACCUUUCAAAAGGAGAAUGUGCCAAAUUGUUUGAUUCAUGUUCCACCUGAUGUUUUAAAUGUCAUUUUCUAUUUGGGUUCGUCAAGACUGAGUUAAUUGUGGCUAACAAUAGAGCACAAUUUAAUAAUAUAAAAUUAUGUACGUUGGAUGUUUUUGUUUAGUGAAGUAGUUUUCGUUUAAUCCACAAUUACUUGUUUUUGUCCCUCACUUCAUUUAUCUGGCUAAAUAUGCUCCAUCGUGGUCUAUGAUACUUGAAGGAUCAUUGUGAAAAAAAGGCAAACCACUUAAAUGCAAUGACACUUAAGUCCUGUUUCCGCAAAAGCCUUC